AGGAGCAGCUCAGUGGUUUGGCGUCAGCAAUGACUGGGAUGGAAAGCAACAGAAUUGGCAGCGCAAGAGCCUUCAGCACUGCAGCCUGCGCUAUGGAAAACUCAAACCUGCCUACAGGGAAAUAGAAGUGAGCAGCCAGGAAGUGCCUUCUUUCCAAGGCACAGAAUCUCCAAAGCCAACAAAAAUGCCCAAGAUUGUAGAUCCUUUGGCCCGAGGCCGUCCCUUCAGGCACCCAGAUGAAGUGGAUCGUCCACGUACUCCACAUCCUGUCCUUCCCCCGCUGACUCCUGGAGUUGUGUCCUUGGCAUCAUUAGGUAGUGUACGGUCAGGCUACACCCGCCUUCCCCGCAGGAAAAGGAAAUCGGUGGCCCAUAUGAGCUUUAAGGCAGCUGCAGCAAUUAUCAGAGGGCGUUCCGUUCUGGAUCCAUCAGUGCAAAAACGCAGGGGCAACAAACGGAGCUUUAUGUAUCCUAGCUUCAUGGACGAUGAUGUAGUGGAUGGCAUGGAUACAUUUGACUCUUCCUUCUUCAAAAAUAUUACAAGGGUCCACUGUGCUACUGUCUGA